AUGCACACGCACCCGAAUCAAAUUCGCUCUGCAUGCGAGCGCUGCCGUCGCCAGAAACUGCGCUGCUCACGGUCCCUCUCUUCGCCUUCAUGCGCCCGCUGCACCCGUCUCGGCCUGACAUGUCAGGCUGGUCUGCAACGACGCGUCGGCAGACCGCCUAAGAAGGACAUGGUGCUUCACAAGCCUGCUGAUGAUAUGCAGUUUGUUCAAGCGCUACUGGACGACACGGCUUGGAAUCUCGAUCCGUUUUGCGGGUAUACGCCUGAAAGUCUCCCGUUUCCAAUGGAUGCGUGGCCUUCUGUGUCAGAGCUUGAUCCACCGGAGCUCGAGCAAAAGAUCAUAGUGCCUAGUAUGCAGGUAUUUGAAAAGCUAUCGAAACUUAAUGUCGAUAUCCACCGGGGAUGGGAAUUCGUGUCGCAGCUUGAGAAUGACUUUCGGUUGAGUACGUUUGUGUGUGAGGAUCGAGAGAGACAGAAUGGGUAUCAGAAUAUCCAGGUGGUCUUGAAGGCGGCGCAGGAGUACCUUGUCGUCCUCAAGACACUGCACCGGCAGCUCGGGACACGUACUGUGUAUUGCCAAGGUCGCAAGCCACAUACAAACAGGAUGAUGCUGUCCUUGGCGGCAAACACAGAGUCUCCUGAGUCGAUAGCUUCUUCAUCGGGUGAAGCGACACCAACAUCCGGAAGCAUUGCACCCGAGCUUCCCCCAGUAUUCGAUUCGCCCACGAUGUUUCUAAUAAUAUCUUGCUACGUACAACUCAUCAAACAUCUUGAAGUUGUGCUAAGGAUCAUAUUCAACUCAAUAUCAGAUCCACAUCAGGACCUGAUCGAUGCCGCUCCCAUGUCGUUUGCCGAUGUACCUCUGAUCGAGCCGUCAACCCAAUUCGUGCUCUUCUCUGAGAUGUUGCGCCACAUUAUGAGUCAGAUGAAUCUUCUCAUGGGACUCCCCAGUGCUUGGUCAAGCCAAAGCUCUUGGACAGGUCUGUUGACCAAUCAACGGUAUCGGGAUAUGCUGAAUACUGAGCUUGGAGAUGUGGAGGAUGGGUGGACGACGCGGCCAAGCAAGUUGAUGGAGAUUAACAGGAUAACAAAGGAUAUGCUAGACGAGUUCACCAUGAUGGGGAUUUACUGA